AACACAUAUGCACUUUGUGUUAAGAGAAACAAUAGCACAUAAGCACUUUACAACAGGGGAAUAUUAUAUAUAAAAAAACAAAGGAAACGAAAUUCUAAAACAAGAUAAUGGGAAGCCCGGAUGUUAAGUUGUUGAGCUUUUGGAUGAGUCCAUUUGCUAAGAGGGUUGAGUGGGGUUUGAAAUUCAAGGGUAUUGAUUAUGAGCAUGUUGAAGAUGAUAUCUUCAACAAAAGUCCUCUCCUUUUGGAAUUGAACCCGGUUUACAAGAAGGUUCCGGUUCUUGUUCAUGGCCAGAAAUCAAUAGCAGAGUCACUAAUUAUCCUUGAAUACAUUGAUGAAACAUGGAAGCAAUCUCCACUUUUGCCCCACCAUCCUUAUCAAAGAGCUCUUGCUCGCUUUUGGGCUAAUUUUUCUGAUAAAAAGCUUUGGGAAGCAUCAUUUGUUGCGAUGUGUACCCGUGGGGAAGAACAAGAAAAGGCUGUGAAGCUAGCCAGGGAAGCAAUAGAGAAGAUAGAAGAGGAGAUUAAAGGGAAGAAAUUCUUUGGAGGGGACAAUAUUGGUUACCUUGAUCUUGCUCUUGGAUGGAUUUCUUACUGGCUCCCUAUUUAUGAGGAAGUUGGGUGUAUGCAGAUAAUAGACCCAUUGAAAUGUUCAGCUAUCACUGCAUGGAUGCCCAAUUUUCUUAGCCACCAUGUGAUAAAGGACAGCUUGACCUCAAGAGAUGAGAUGGUUGUUUUCUUCCACGCUCGCAGAAAGCAGUGGUCUGAGGCAUUUCAUGGCUGGUUCAAAGAUUAGAUUUUUUCCGUAACAUAUUCCCUAUUGUCAAUAGGGUUAGGGUUUGGGCAGAGAGAGAUUCAUCUCUCCUCUGAGGAGCAUUUGCUCUAGGAUUAUAGGGAUCAGUCUCUGUAAUAGUUCUUAAUUCAAUCAAUAUUAUAUUUUUCGUUUAUCUUAAUUUUCGAUCCCUAGCAAUUGGUCCGACCUACCGGAUCGUCGAGGUGCCAGCAUUUGUAUCAUUCAAAGAUGAUUGCAGAAGAAGAAGUGUUAGAAGAAGGAAUGGUUGAGAGAAUUGACGCAAUUGAGUUGAGAAUGGGAAGAUUGGAAGAAUCGGUUAAAUCCUUUAAGUUGGAGUUUCGUCAAUUGCUAAGGACAGAGAUGGCUAAGCAUGUGGAGCAUAUUCCCGCAGAGAAUCUUAGCUCUGAUUGGAGUGUGUUUCCGAUACCAAAUGUUAUGAAAGAGAACUGUGGAACAGAGUUUCAUACAGAUGCAAAGUCGGAAAAGGGAGAUGCAAUGGAGAAGAAGGAAACCAACGGCGUGAGCAAAGAUGUGAUCCUUGUGGCUGAGAAGCCAGAGAAGGGAGUGAUGAAGUCACAAAGUUUAGAGUCACUAAUAUCACCUCCAUCUCAGAAGACUUUGACCACGUCAUCACCGGUCAGAUGUUGUUGGAAGAGGGUCCCUCCCCAUUCCAAAUCAUCAUAUUCGUGGAAAUCAUGGAUGGAGUUUCUACAUCUGACGCAAGCCAAGGAGAAGCACGAAAAUCAUAUAUCGGUGGCUCGCACACUGCCGCCGAAGCCACCAGACAUUGGUUCAUUCGUGAAGCACCUUCUAAAGCAAAAACCGUCGGCCAAGCCGCCAGAUCUCAGCGAAUCUGUGGUCAGAGAGAGAGUAGAGAAGAGAGGAAAGAUGAAAAAGAUGAGGCGUCGCAUGUGCAUGCGGCUGCCGCCGCCAUAUCUGCCAUAUGCAGGUUACAAUAUCAGUUUAGCGUGCAUCAUAGUUGCUGAAGGAGGGAAGGAUCCAAAAAAGUUGAGGCAAAAGCGACAAUUUCAAAGGGGUUUUAAAGAGAAAAGUUGCAGACCAUCAUCAAGAGAUAGUAAGAAUGAAGAUGUGCAACAGGUUCGAUUAUUUGAAGUCGGUCUAUCAAGUUCUCAACAAUGGGAUCCAGGGAGAUGCAAAAGCUAUAGUAGUGUUGUUGUUAUCUUUCAAGAAAAUGAACUCCAAGUAUGGUUUUGUGGUUUGCUGUGAAGUGCAAAUUUGGUCUUGUUUUAGACCCACCAUUACCUUGCAAGGGAAGUGUUUGGCAUGUCAUUGAUAUAUGUUGAAGGACAUUUUCUCAUCUCAACCUUGAGGACAAGGUUGUAUUUUUGGUUGCCGGUAUUGUUAGGAUAUUGGUUUGGGCCUUAGUCCAAACCAAAUAAAUAGGAGUUAGCUCAAUUAGUUAGUUUUUAUUCCGCAAAUAAUUAGGAGUGGCUUAGUCAGUUAGUUUUUAUUAUCCAAAUAAAUAGGAGUUAGUUUAGUUAGUAUUUCCCAUAUAAAUAGGAGUGUAUGGGGCAGUAGCUAGUAUGUUAUUAUUUUCUGUUUUUCCUAUUAGGGUUAGGGUUUGGGCAGAGAGAGAUUCAUCUCUCCUCUGAGGAGCAUUUGCUCUAGGAUUAUAGGGAUCAGUCUCUGUAAUAGUUCUUAAUUCAAUCAAUAUUAUAUUUUUCGUUUAUCUUAAUUUUCGAUCCCUAGCACAUUCCGAC